UACAGAGAGGAUAGCCACUGCAGAUCGAUCCUGACCAUCACCCAAGGAAUAAUUGCACAACUGUGGGAGGACAUCCAGUUCCUUCCCAGCAUUGCUCAACACAGAGAAGACUGAGCAGUUGAAUCAUCAUUUGGAAAUCGGUCGGGUCAGGGAAGCUUUGACACAUCAUCAGAUCUGAAACUGGUCAGUGGUGUGGAGCCUUCCAACAGAACCAGCCUUUCUGAAGGUUCGGCUGUGGGUGAUCGGUCAGGGUGAGGCUGGGAAGAAGUGUGAGUGGCUCCAAGUGUGGUGAGAGCUUCAGUCAUUCAUCAAGCCUCAUGAACCAUUGACUCAUUCCUACAGGGGAGUGGCUGUUCAAGUUGACGUGUUAAAGGAGGACAACACAGGCUUCAAACAUCUCCCACAUACAGUGAACCAACUGAAUAAUGGUUAAAAUAAGGGCAACUUCCUGCAAGUGAAACAAUUCAAGUGUGUGUUGUGCAAACGAAUGUUUGCAAAGAUAUCGACACUUGUGAGUCAUCAGCACAUUCACAGUGGGAUGAAACUAUUUGUAUGUAAGGUGUGUAACAGGGGCCUCACACAGUUACCAGGCCUGGUGAAACACCAGCACAUUCACACUGGGGUGAAACCAUUUACCUGCACGGUAUGUGACAAAUCAUUCUCAGAGUCAUCGCACCUCUGCGUUCACCAGCAGGUUCACACAGGGGAGAAACCCUUUUCAUGUGAGGUGUGUGACAAAUCAUUCUCAGAGUCAUGGAUCCUCCGCAGGCACCAACGCAUUCACACAGGGGAGAAACCCUUUCUUUGUGAGGUCUGUGACACAUCAUUCUCACAGACAUCUACCCUCCGCAUACACCAACGCAUCCAUACCGGGGAAAAGCCAUUUACCUGUGAGGUGUGCGACAAAUCGUUCUCCGAUUUAUCAACUCUCCGCAGACACCAACGCAUUCACACAGGAGAGAAACCGUACAAAUGUGAGGUGUGUGACAAGUCGUUCUCAGAGUCAUCAAUCUUGUGGGUACACCAGCGUAUUCAUACUGGGGAGAAGCCAUUCACAUGUGAGGUGUGUGAAAAAUCAUUCUCAAAUUCAUCACAUCUCCGCAGACACCAACCUGUCCACACAGAGAAGAAACCAUUCAUGUGCGAUGCAUGUGACAAAUCCUUCUCAGAUUCAUCGAGUCUCCUGCUCCACCAAAGGAUUCACACAGGGGACAAACCAUUCAAGUGUGAUAUAUGUGACAAAGUGUUCGCAGAAUCAUCAACUCUCCAUGUACACCAACGCAUUCACACAGGAGAAAAACCAUUCACCUGUGAGAUGUGUGACAAAUCAUUCUCAGAAUCAUCAACCCUUCGCAGACACAAACGCACUCACACAGGGGAGAAACCAUUCAUGUGUGAGGUGUGUGACAAAUCAUUCUCAGACUUAUCGAGCUUCCACAGACACCAACUCAUUCACACAGAGGUGAAGCCAUUCUCAUGUGAUAUGUGUGGCAAAUCAUUCUCAGUUUCAUCCAGACUCCUCCGACAUCAGAGGAUUCAUACAGAGGAGAAACUAUUCACAUUUGAAGUAUGUAACAAAUCAUUCUUGGACUCAUUGCAUCUCCUGAUUCACACAGGGGAGAAACUCUUCAAGUGUGAUGUCUGUGAACGAGGUUUUGCAAAGUCAUCAACACUGGUGAGUCACCGACGUAUUCACACUGGGGAGAAACCAUUCGUAUGUGAGGUGUGUAACAGGAGCUUUACACAGCUCUCAAGCCUGGUGAAACACUGGCUUAUUCACACUGGGGAGAAGCCAUUUACCUGCAAGGUGUGUGAUAAAUCAUUCUCAGAGUCAUCAUCCCUCCGGGUUCACCAGCGUAUUCACACCGGGGAGAAACCCUUCACAUGUGAGGUGUGUGACAAAUCAUUUUCAGAGUCAUCAACUCUUCGCAGACACGAACGCAUUCACACCGGGGAGAAACCCUUCACAUGUGAGGUGUGUGACAAAUCAUUCUCGCAGAUAUCGACUCUGCGCGUGCAUCAACGCAUUCACACGGGGGAGAAACCAUUCACUUGUGAAGUAUGUGACAAGUCAUUCUCCGACUUAUCAACCCUGCGCAGACACCAACGCAUUCAUACAGGGGAGAAACCAUUCAAAUGUGAGGUGUGUGAGAAAUCAUUCUCAAAUUCUUCACACCUCCGCAGACACCAACCCAUUCACACUGGGGUAAAACCAUUCACGUGUGUGGUGUGUGACAAGUCAUUCUCUGAUUCAUCAAGUCUCCUGCUCCAUCAGAGAGUCCACACAGGGGAGAAACCUUUCAAGUGUGAGGUGUGUGAUAAAUCAUUCUCAGAGGCAUCCACCCUCCAUGUGCACCAACGCAUCCACACAGGAGAGAAACCUUUUGUGUGCGAGGUAUGUGAUAAAUCAUUCUCAGAGACAUCAACUCUUCGCAGACACGAACGUAUUCACACGGGGGAGAAACCUUUUGUGUGUGAGGUGUGUGACAAGUCAUUCUCGCAGACCUCGACUCUCCGCGUGCACCAACGGAUUCACACAGGGGAAAAGCCAUUCACUUGUGAAGUAUGUGACAAAUCAUUCUCCGACUUGUCAACUCUUCGCAGACACCAACUCAUUCACACAGGGGAGAAACCAUUCACGUGUGAUGUGUGUGACAAAUCAUUCUUGACUUCUUCACACCUUCGCAGACACCAACCUGUCCACACUGGUGAGAAACCAUUCUUAUGUGUGGUGUGUGACAAAUCAUUCUCAGUUUCAUCGAGUCUCCUGCACCAUCAGAGAGUACACACGGGGGAGAAACCUUUCACAUGUGAGGUGUGCAAAAAAUCAUUCUCAGAAUCAUUGACCCUUCGCAGACAUCACCGCAUUCACACUGGGGAGAAACCAUUCAGGUGUGAGGUAUGCAACAAAUCAUUCUCACGGUCAUCAACUCUUCGUGUACAUCAACGUAUCCACACAGGAGAAAAGCCGUUCACAUGUGAGGUGUGUGACAAGUCCUUCUCAGAUUUAUCGAGCUUCUGCGUACACCAACGAAUUCACACUGGGGAGAAACCAUUUACAUGUGAAGUAUGUGACAAAUCAUUCUCAAGGUCAUCGCACCUCCGCAAACACCAACGCAUUCACACAAGGGAAAAGUCUUUUACAUGCAACGUGUGUGGUAAAUCAUUCUCAGAUUCAUCAAGUCUUCUGCUCCAUCAGAAGACUCAUACAGGAGAGUAUCCUUUCAGUUCUGAGAUUGUGAUGAACCUUCCCUGAUGUGUUUGAACAUUUGGAAUGCACCAGGAUUCACACAGGGGAGAAACUCUUUCGGUGUGCUGUUUGUGACAAGACUUCCACAGAGUCAGUGAAGUUCCUGGUCCAUCAUUGUGUUUACAUUGGGAAGAACCUAAGUAGCUACCUGAUAAAUAAAAGCAAAUCACUGUGGAUGCUGGAGAUCUGAAAUGAAAAUGGAAAAUGCUGGAGAUACACAAGAGAACUUGCAGCAUCUAUGGAGAACGAAACAGACUUAACAGAUUGACUUAAUGUUUGACGAGUAAAGUUAUCAUAGAAUCCCUACAGUGUGGAAAUAGGCCCUUCGACCCGACAAGUCUGCACUGACUCUCCGAAGAAAAUCCCACCCAAACCCAUUCCUUUACCCUAUUACUCUACAUUUCACCCUGACUAAUGCACCUAGCCUACACAUGCCUGAACACUAUGGGCAAUUUUGCAAGGCCAAUUCAUCUAACUUGCACAUCUUUGGAUUGUGGGAGGAAACCACAGCCCCCAGAGGAAUCCCAUGCAAAUACUGGGAGAAUGUGCAAACUCCGCACAGACAGUUGCCUGAGGCUGGAAUUGAACCCCUGGCACUGUGAGGCAGCAGUGCUAAUAAAUGAGCCACUGUUCCUUCCAAAGUAGAGUUAUAUUGGACUCAAAUGUUAACUCUGUUUCACUCUCCACAGAUGUUGCCAGAACUGCUGUAUCCAGCACUCACUGUUUUUAUUUUAAUUACCCAGCAAAUGCCAGAUAGGAAAAGAAGCUUGUCUACCUUUUAGGUAAACAAAGAUUUGAUAACCCACACAACUCCCACCACCAGUCAUGCUGGCCUGACCACGCUCCCUUCAGCCCCGAAGAGAACUGAUGACCCACCACCCUGAUGAUCUCCACACCGACCUGACUAAUUCCCACAGACCAACUACCCCAGACGUGACUUGAUUAGCUCCCUCCACCAGCUAUCUCUGUGUGGAUUCCUGCGCUGAUCCACUUCACUGCUCCCUGGCCUGUGUACCAAAAGACCAGGGUCAUUAUCACUAAUGAGAUGAGAAAAAAAGAUACUGAAGCAUAUCCCACACAAACCAUCAAGGAAUCGGGUCUAGUUUGAGGAAGGUAAGAGAAGUGUCUUCCUGGCCAAACAUGAGUAAUGAGAUGAAGGACCAUAUCAGCCUUGCAGUGCUUGUACUGAACAUUUUGAAAUAAGAUAUAGAGCUGCUCAUGACUCGUGACAUCCUAUCCAGCCCAUGGAUGAAGCUUGGAAUAAACUGUUCACUUUCACUGGAACUGAUUAUCUCAUCGCAGUCAAUUACUAUUCAGAUGACGGGAGCUGACGAUUCCCAGUGAGGUGUAGAAUCUCUUAAGGUGCACUUCUGUUGUCAAGAUAUUCCUGACAUUGUGAUCGGUGACAAGGACCUCAAUUCACAAGUAAGGCAUAUAUACACUUCAUGAAUUAUUUGGAAAACCAUUUGGAAACACCGUACAUCAUCUACACACUAUCCCCAGUCAAAUGGAAAGGGUGAGAUAUUGGUGAGAGUUAUUAAAGUAUCUUCAGAAAUUCACUAAGAUUCACUGGACUUGUGUAUAGAAGUUAUUACUUCGAUCACAUAUAAUGAAAGUGAACCCCAGCCAUCCACAUGCAAUUAGAGAAGUUGCUCCUUCAUAAGUCAAUGAAGAUGAUUUCAUCAGUUUCGAACUGGAUAACCAUCAGCCCUAGAGAUCAACCAUUCUCCAACCAAUGCCACAGAUCAGCAAGAACGAUCAGCAUAGCAACAACAUUUGCCAUGGCAAGGACCCCCAGGCAAACAACAGAUCCUAGAUUAGCAGCCCAUAACAAUUCACACGCAUACCAAAAGGUGACCUGAAACCCGAAAGAUCAUGUGCAAUGUGUGUGGGGGACAGAUAAAAUUGGAACAGAUUAGAGACAGGAAAAUGCUUUUUUUUGUUGAUGUGUGAAGAAUUUCUAUUUGGACCAGCAUAUGUAAUAACUUUCAAAUUAUAGUGCAUACAGUAUUGUUUCUAAUCUAAUGAAAGGUGAAUGUUUAGAUAAAACAUUCAUGGCUUGCUAUGUUAAUGUCAUCUCUGUUGUCAACAAAUUUAAUUGAAUAUUUGAGGGCUGCAAUCAUUUUUACACACCACAUGAAACAUUCUUUAAAAUUCAGAUACUUUAAAUAUUCUUAAGGAACAUUAUUUCUUAAGGAUUAGGAAACUGACUGGUGAGGUGCAGAGCAGGUGGGGAUUUAAACUUGUCAUUGUCCCAUCUGAAUAAAACCUCACUGAUUGCAGCCAUUGUCUCAGUUCCCCUGGUAAAUGUUUGACAGAGAUGUUGAAGGUGAGAAUAACAUUCUUCAUCCUGAGUGGAUUUCAAACUGACAUCAAUGUGGGAUGUAUAUUGUCGAAUGUGUUUGAGAGCAGAUCAGAAGGGGAAGACCACAGCGUCGAAGGCAGGGAUGACAUGCAGUGGUGGGAUCAGCACAAGAGUGGGAGUCAGGAGAGUGAUUUGGAGAUGAGAGGAAUGUGAGUAAUUCACUCUCUCCUGUUUUUCUUCACCUCCUGUCUCUCCUACCUAACUGUGCACUCCUACAUUCCACCUUGCCCUAUUGCCUGCUUGUCCUUGCUCCUCAGUUCUAUCGUCUCUUGCCUUUCUCUCUAAUCUGUGUUCCUCCUGUGUUACAAAGGUGAGAGGAAAGAGAGCGAGAAUGCACCAUUUUAAGCAACAGUAAAUCAAAAUUAGUAUAAAAUGUGUACUAUUAGCGAGGUGACAAUGUAAUUGUGACAAUAUUAAAUUAUUUUUAUCUGAGACACAACUGGAAUAAACUAUAAUCUAGUUUGCCAGAAUAAUUGCUGGCCACAGCACAUAGACUGAGGUUAUGAAUAUGACUGCCUGUUGGUGCCUAAACACUGAAAACCCCUGAGACAUUUUGAAGAGUUGCCUCAAACAGGCACAAUCAGUAGCAACUCACCAACCUCAUUACUCCUAUCUGGGGGAUGUCGUCAUUUCUGUGGCUGAUGUUUAAUAAACCAAUGUCGAAGAUCACGAAAGGUCCAUUUACAUUCAUCAUAACUGGCAGUUACAUUUCCAGUUAUGGUCAAUUUCAGCAUGAUUAUGAUGAUAAAACAAACACAAACAAAGCUAAACGCUUGGCCAGUACCUGUGCACUAGUGCUUGUUUUACAAAAGCAAACCUUUCAAAAUAUUCUGUGUGACCAAGUAUGAAGGUUUCACGAUCAAUGCAGUGUGUAAAACAGAUCUUGGAUAAUUUUAUAAGAAUUAAGAUAUAUGUUAAGUUCUUUGUAUGUUUGUCCAAGUAGUUCUUAGUCUGAGUAAUUUGUGUAUAAUUGCUUUAUUAAUUUUGUUGUGGAUUUUGUACAUACAUAACUCAAUUGUAAAUGGCUAUUGACAGUCCUGUGUGUGAGGGAUAGACACAAUGCCGGUUGAAGGGAGGAAGGCACCAAUAACUGUAGAAGUCAUGACCUUGAGAUUACUAUUUGGUGGACAAGGCUCAAAACAAUGUGUUUUUCUGCUUUAAACAUCUGCAAGAACUUGUUAAUUUCCUAUUGGGCCUGACAAGGUGAAAACUGGGACUAUUUACCUUUCGGAAGGCCUUUGAUAAUAAAUGCUGAAGUCGAUAUUUUCUCAUCAAAGGUCUAAAUCUGAUGAACCUGUAAAACCUGGUUUAAUGUGGGAGAAAUGAAAAGCUGGACAGAGGCAAAAGUGAAUGCAACAGCUUGGCAGCAACCACAGAUGAGAGGGCAUCAGAUUAAACUAUGUGCCAUUUUUGUGACAUCCUGAAAGGGGUGUGAACAUUGGUCUGAGUGACACAUCUCAUACCUUAAACAUGAGGAGCUUGAAGGGGUCAGUGCGAUUGUCGGGGAAGGUGGUCUGGUCAACCUCUGAGGUGGUAAAAAUGCCUGAUUCAGCAGUUUGGCCACCUGAGGACAAACCCUGAUCACACAGGAGAGCCAAGUGCCAGUUUUGUGGGUUUACUUGUAGCAGCUCCAUAUACACAUAUAUAUGUGUGCAUAUAUACUCAAUAAAGAAACUUG